UGUGUCGUCAUCAGUACGAGCCCCGAGUGGCAAAACACGUGACGUCAUUCACACGCGACUCUUGAAGUCAGCCCCGCUGUAGAAGCACGAUGGAAGUGUGUCGCUCCUCGGCUGUAAGUUUGAGAGAGUUUGGCUGUGAGCAGAGUUUGCUGUCUCGACCUGACGGUUCCGCGUCUUUCGUCCAAGGAGACACAAGUGUGUUGGCUGGAGUGUAUGGACCCGCUGAAGUCAAAGUCAGCAAGGAGAUUUAUGACCGGGCAACAGUGGAGGUGCUGAUUCAGCCCAAAGUUGGACUGCCCAGUGUACGGGAGCGUUCACAAGAGCAGUGUGUGCGAGAAACGUGUGAGGCAUCUCUGCUGCUGUCGCUCCAUCCUCGCUCCUCCCUCACUCUUGUUCUUCAAGUGCUGCACGAUGACGGCUCCCUCUUGUCCUGCUCCUUGAAUUCUGCCUGCAUGGCCCUUAUGGACGCAGGUUUACCAAUGAGCUGCUUGUUUUGUGGAGUCACUUGUGCCAUUGACUACGAUGGGAAAAUCAUCACAGAUCCCAGUGCAGCUCAAGAAAAGGGGAGUCGAGCUCUGAUGACCUUCGCUAUUGACAGUACAGAACGUAGGGUGUUGAUGUCAUCGACCAAAGGCUCAUUUUCCGUUCAUGAACUGCAGCAGUGUAUAGCCGUCAGCCAGAAAGCAUCGGAGAAGAUCUUUCAGUUCUACAGAGACUCCAUCAGCCGGCGAUAUUCCAAAAACCUCUGAUGUUUUUUUUCAUGUCAUUCUUUAAAUGGUGCAUACUAAUAUUGAUAUUGUUGUAAUGAGAUAUUUAGCAGUUACUUUCAGCUUCCUGGGUUUCAGGUCAGUUAAAGUCUGUGAUUUCAGGGGCCGGGAGGGUUUUGUAUUAAAUGGAUCAAAAUAAAAUGAGACGAGCUGAAUAUUACAUAAGCGCA